AUGGCGAACCAGCAACACCCUCCGGAGGUGCGCUCCGUUAGCGAAGGUCCUGAAUUGGGCCAGACCAGCCGUCCUCAGGUGCCGACGAAGACCUUGAAGACUUCCUACCCGCUCAUCGACUGUGAUCCGCAUUUCACCCGCGUGGUCAGCUACGCACGCACAAGCGACUGGAUCGCAGCCGGCCUCUGCGGAUCCGUAACCCCCGGACUGAUGACUUUCUGGCAACACACCUCACCAACCGGAAUUUCACGACAAUCGCUCGCGAGUAUCAUGCGCCUGAGCGUCGGCGUUGGAAUGUGCGCGGGAUUCCUAUUGAUGUACGAGCGCUCGGCGGCGCGAUUCUACGGCUUCACGGAGAACCGUCGGGAGAUCGAGAUGGACAUGCGGGAGAUGACGGAUCGAGUGAAGAAGGGGCUACCGAUCUACGGUGAGAGCACCCUCACGGAGUAUAUGCAGGGAGCGGCGAGUCGGCAGAGUCGAUACAGUGGUAUCUUUUUGCAUGUCAUGCCGUGGUUCAAUUUCGUCAACCACAAUCAGCAUGGUGUGGAUACGGCCAAGUACUAUCAGAAUGCCGAGCGGGAGCUGGAGGCCGAGCGAACGAAGCGAGGGGAGUAG